CAAUGUGAGGUAAUGUGUGCACGUGUACUGACGGCCCAACCUCAUAUCUCUGUCAUCAUAGAUGGGUCAACACACGAUAGCAGAACGGGUGGUUGUACAUCUUGCUGAAAUUCGCCAUGUCGAAUCCGACGAUCAUUUCCAUUAGCAACUCGACAGCCUGUGCCAGUGACGAUACCCUCGCCCCCGAGUUCGGUUAUGUUGCGGCUCUCGUAGCUGUAGUAUUCUACGGUAGCAAUUUCGUUCCUGUAAAGAAAUACGAGACCGGAGAUGGGAUGUUUUUCCAGUGGGUGAUGUCCAGUGCCAUUAUAACGACGGGAAUAGUGAUCCAGUUAAUACGGAGGAGCACGUUCUACCCCCUCGCUAUGGUUGGAGGUGUGGCAUGGGCAACAGGAAACCUUACCGUCGUGCCAAUCAUCAAGACUAUCGGCAUGGGUCUAGGCCUCUGUAUCUGGGGGAUGUCAAACUUGCUGAGCGGAUGGGCUACAGGAAGAUUCGGAUUUUUUGGGAUUACACCAGAAGUUCCCGAAAAAGUAUCCCUGAACUACAUAGGAGUAUCUAUGGCUGUAUUCAGUGCUUUUAUAUUUUCUCUAAUAAAAAAUGAGCUUCACCCUCCUGACGAGGAGAAAGUCUCGCAAGAGGAUGAACAUAAGCUUCUCCGUGAUCACAUGCCGAACUAUGGCGCCUCAUCGACUGAAUCUCUCUAUACCACUACCAGUACACAGGACAUCCUCGUCUUCAACAGGAGAAGGGGAAGUUCUAUAAACAGAACAGAUAUACAAGGAGAUGGCAAUGAAGACUCGUUCAUAGAGAGGAUGUCGCCUGCACGUAGAAGGAUAGUAGGUCUUAUACUGUCCCUGGUGUCUGGAGUUCUUUACGGACAGAUGUUUACUGGAGCAACACACGUACAGGACAACGUCACGGGGGCAAGUCAAAAUGGUUUAGACUACGUUUUCGCCUGUUUUUGUGGAAUAUAUCUCUCCAGUACCGUGUACUACUGUAUAUACACCAUCAUUAUGAAGAACCGUCCCCGUGUAUACCCUAAAGUCAUCUUUCCUGGCAUCAUUUCUGGCGUCAUGUGGGCGAUCGCCACAUCCGCGUGGUUCCUGGCUAACAAGGUCCUGUCUAAUGCCGUAGCGUUUCCCAUUGUAACUACAAUACCUGCAGUGAUUGCUUCAGUGUGGAGCGUAUUUGUCUUCAAAGAGAUCAAGGGAAUCCGGAACAUAGGCAUUCUCCUGGUUGGGUUCUGUUUUAGUGGAGGCGGUGCAAUAUUAGCAGGAUUAUCCAAAGGAGCUGGAACUAGCCUGCCCAAGUGUUCCUAAAACGUAUAAUAUUGUGUUCCAACAACCGAGAUUACAGAACAUAACAGCCUACAUCUUAGUCGAAGUCAACCGCAUAUGUUUCGUUUUCAUAGGAACCACACAAACGCUUCUGAUUGGUGGACAGUCAGAUAUAUUUCGAUUUUGAUGAAAAUUGGUAUAUAGGGGUAUAAGGGAACUGCGAAUUCAACCGCAUAUGUUUCGUUGCCAUUCCAACCACAUGGAGGCUUCUGAUUGGUCGAAAUUUAUAUAUUUUUCGAUUUUUAUGAAAAAUAGUAUAUAGGGGUAUUAGGGG